CUCCCUUCUCUCUCUCUCUCUCUAUAUAUGCAAGCAAUGGUUUAGGAGAAACCACACUCAGAUUUUUGAAAACAAACAUAGCAUAAGCUGAGAUAAAUUUGAUCUCUCUAAUCAAAAGAUUCUCUUUGUUUCCUUUCAGAUAUAUACACACACUCCACAACAAAACAAAAGCAGAGUAGUGAGCCAUGAGUAACAAGACACUGGCGAUCUGUGUAGUUACUGUAAUGACCCUCAUGGCCACGGUGGCCAGAGGCAGGGGAGGAAGGGUAUUACAGUCAUUCGACGAGUUCGAGUACACGGCCAUGGCCUGCAGAGAACACAGUGCUUCCAUAACUGAGUUCGGCGGUGUCGGAGACGGCCAGACUCUCAACACUAAGGCGUUCCAGAGCGCCGUCGAACAUCUCAGCCAGUACUCCGACAAUGGAGGAGCUCAACUCUAUGUUCCGGCUGGGAAAUGGCUCACCGGAAGCUUCAGCCUCACCAGCCAUUUUACUCUCUUCCUCCAUAGAGAUGCUGUUCUUCUCGCUGCUCAGGAUAUUAACGAAUUCCCAGUGCUGAAGGCUCUGCCUUCGUACGGACGAGGACGAGAUGCGGCAGGCGGGAGAUUCGCCAGUCUCAUCUUCGGAACCAAUCUCACCGAUGUUGUCGUCACCGGGAACAACGGUACCAUCGACGGCCAGGGAUCGUUCUGGUGGCAGAGUUUCCACAAGGGGAAGCUAAAGUACACUCGUCCGUACCUGAUUGAGUUCAUGUUCUCGGACUCCAUUCAGAUCUCCAACCUCACUCUCCUCGACUCUCCCUCAUGGAACAUCCACCCUGUCUACAGCAGUAACAUCAUCGUCAAAGGGAUCACGAUCAUCGCCCCUGUAACUUCCCCCAACACCGAUGGCAUCAACCCAGAUUCUUGCACGAACACGAGGAUCGAAGACUGUUACAUAGUGUCGGGAGACGACUGCGUGGCGGUGAAGAGUGGAUGGGACGAGUACGGAAUCGCCUUCGGAAUGCCGCCCAGCCAGCUCGGGAUCCGACGGCUGACGUGUAUCUCCCCUUACAGCGCCGCCAUAGCUCUGGGCAGCGAGAUGUCUGGAGGCAUCCAAGAUGUCAGAGCCGAGGACAUCACCGCCUUCCACACCGAGUCCGGCGUGCGGAUCAAAACCGCCGUCGGAAGAGGGGGGUUCGUCAAAGACAUCUACGUAAAGGGCAUGAAUCUUCAUACCAUGAAGUGGAUUUUCUGGAUGACCGGAAACUACAAAGCCCAUGCCGACAGCCACUACGAUCCUCACGCUUUGCCGGUGAUCAGCGGGAUCAAUUACCGCGACGUCGUGGCCGAGAAUGUGUCGAUGGCCGGGAGAUUAGAGGGCAUUUCCGGCGAUCCCUUCACCGAGAUUUGCAUCUCCAAUGCUACCAUCAGUAUGGCUGCUAAGCACAAGAAAGCGAUGUGGAUGUGCAGCGACGUGCAGGGGAUCACUACUGGCGUGGAGCCUCAGCCCUGCGAUUUGCUGACCGGACAAGGGUCAGAGAAGAUCAACGGCUGUGAUUUUCCGACUGAUGUUUUGGCCAUUGAUACCGUCGAGCUCAAGAGCUGUUCUUACAGAACAAACUGAAGACAUACAUACAUCUCUGUUGUUCUGUAUCCUUACUUAGAGGAUCAAAAUUUGAAAGACCUGAAGCUUUAAAAGACGCAGUCUUUGAUAUC